AUGCUGGCUACGUCGGACUGGGCUGGCACUGACGCCUCGCAGCUCCACGUCUUACCGCCAAUGAUGCCCGUGGUGGCGGAGCUCGAAAAGGCCGUGGCCGUCAACAACGACGCCAUACAGGCGAUGUUCGACAGCACCAAGGAUCGCUGCAGCAACGAGGGGGAGGACAAUCUCGCGGAAGACGUGCGACAGCUGUGCAUGCAGACACAGCCCAGGUCCAUGUUGGCCCUCAUGUUUGAGAAGCUGCAGAAGAAAUCCAAGGAUGUGGCCCUGUGGCUCUGUUCCGCCGCUGAGACCACCGUUGACAAAGAUUGGUCAACUCACUACUCGGAGCGGCUGGCUUGUGACGAAGCGGCGUCCAGCACCAUCGGUGCCAUGAUGAGCCUCGACGAUCCGAACCAGACGCUUAUUGGGAAGAUUGCGGCUGUGGCGCGCUUCACGGUGUGGUCGGCGAAGUUCGCCCUAAUCGUGGCCACACCUUUCAUCCCGCUUCCCUUUGGCUUCCUCGGCCGGCUUUUCCUGGAUGCGGUCAUCAGCCAACUGACUGGUGAUGCGGAGAAGGAGCUGGAUCUUGUGGAGAAGCAGAUGAAGAAGCGAAUCGAGGAGAUCAGCCGCCGAACAGCUCAGCGUGUGCAGGUGGAGGAGGCCUUUCGGAUCGGCAGCGCCCACGCCCGCGCGGCCAACGACCAGAUCAAGGACAUGGCGAUGAUCGACCACCUCUGGAGCAGCAGCAUGACUGCCAUGAGCGAGCACGGGGCGAGCAAGGACAGCGCGCUGCUGUGGUCGACCAUGAAGCAGGUCACCAGCUUCAACCGCUGGGCCAUCAUCGAGCAUGACUUGGCCAUGUGCAUCGAGGUGCUCAUGCCUGCAGACGCCCUCGAUUUGGAGGACCGUGCGACCUUUGCGAAGUUGAUGAAGGUCCACUUCGAGAUGUACGUGCUGGUGCUGUCACACAUGAACGCCGCCGGGGACGCCACUCAGAAUGUCGAGGAGAUGCAGGCGGAGCUGUCGAAGAAGGCCACGCGCAUGGCUUCCAUCACCUUGCCCCAGUUGGUUUUGCUCAGCAUCGCCGUGGAGCCUGGGCAGGACUUGAAAUCGGUGCACACCAUGUUCGACAGCGAUCUCCUGCCCGUCAAUGUGUCCCAUGCCGAGGCGGAGGGCUGCGGCUUCUUGCGCAACGAGACGGACUAUGAGUUCGAGUUUCUUGCGACGUGCGUCUGGCUGCCCUUCCUUCGCACUUCAGAAGCAUGGGCCACUCCACUCCCAGCGCCGAGUCUGCUCACCAGCCGUGGCGUUGACACUGACCGUCCCGAUGCCAACUCCUACGAGUACUGGCACAACACUGGUCCUUUGACGUCCAGAGAGACACCCCAGAUCGAGAUGGAAACCGAGGAGCUCAGGAUCGGCUGUGCGCCCGGGCAGUUUCUGGCGGGUGUCGAGUACGCGUACAAGCAGUCGGAAAGCGGCUCUUGGACGGCCUCUCGGAUGCAGCACUUCCUGACCGGUGCUUGCCGCAGCGAUGACACGGUGGAGACGGCGGCCAACGGCCAGUUCACCACCGCUGGCAUCUGCACGGAUGUCGUGACCCUCUUCUCGGACCACACGCUGGCAGUGAUGAUCAGCCUCACCUUCCAACGGCGAGGCGAUGGCGCGGCCACCAUCAAGUCGUCGACGUGUCAGCUCGCCUACCAACGAAGCACGGUGGGGCCCUAUCUCGUCCCAGGUUUUACUGCGCAGAUUGAAGUUCAUACCAUCAAACUUGCAAGCGUGCAUACUGCUCCAGAGCCCGUGGAGUACCGCGUGCUGCAAGGGGCGCUCUUCAAGAAGCCGAGCAAAGACCCAAGCAGUGCGAAGGUGACGAAGCUGAGUCGCAAAGUUGGUUCGAAGGUCCGGAGCACGGGACGAACCUGGCGGGGUCCUGCCGGUGGGCUGUGGAUUGAGCUGGAUGCAAAAAAACCGGGCUGGCUACUGGUUGAAGGCCCUGGCUUCAAUCAGACAGGACCUCUGUUGGAGAAGCUGCGCCCAGCAGAGGAGGCUCCUUGA